CAUCGCUUGCGGUACGGUUUUAGAAACAAGGAACGUUUGCUAUCUUCAUAUCAGCGACAAAUAUAAAAAAAAUUUACACAAAUCUUACAAUUAUUACACGACAGGAGUUUGGGUUAGUGUUCUCACACAGCCAUAUUUCCAUGUUACAUCGCUCGUUUACGCAAGACAAAUAGAAAUCCACCUGUCCUAAUUAGCAUGCUCUGAACACCAGUGUAACCGUAACUGGGUAGGGAGAAAGUGUACUGUGGUUCAACUGGAGGCACACACAGCUUAUGGAUCAGCGUAGAACUGCUGCAGCUUGUUACCAGGGAGGUGAGAAGAGACGGUGUGGAGUGUGUGUUGGGGGGGAUGGAGGAGUUUCCAGUGAGGACGGUGGAAGGGCUCUGUCUAGGCACCAGCUUGGCUAUAUCUGGUUUCUUCUACUACGUCUACAGGAAAAAGAGGAAAACAGUGGACAAGCUCAAUGAUGCACCACAUUUGACUUUGGAUGGGAAACUGGCAGACCUUUUGAACGUGACACCGGGAAAGUGUCUGCAGUAUGUUGUCAUUGAAGGGGCAGUGCAGCCUCUGGGGGAACCUUUGAGGAGUCAGUUCCAGGAAGGCAGUAUGGGGGUGGUGCAGAAACUCAUGCUGAGGGAACACAAGCUGGUGUGGAAUAGCCUGUCUCGCACCUGGACGGACAGUGAGCGUGUGCUGCACCAGAGGGUGAACGCGGUGCCCUUCAGCCUGGUCGGGUCGGACCAGGCCAACGUGAGGGUGCUGUGUCCCCUGGAGGCCUCGGGGCUGGAGAUGGAGGUCAUCCAUGAGAAGUUCCACCAGGCCACCUAUGGUUUCACCGACAUCAUCGGGCAGUACCUCAGUGGAGAGAAGCCCAAAGGCCAGCUGGAGACUGAGGAGAUGCUCAAGGUUGGCGCUACUCUGACGGGUGUAGGCGAGCUCAUCCUGGACACGGACCGGGUGCUGAAGCUCCGCCCGCCCACUGACGGCUCAGAGUACUUCCUCACCACGGCAGACUUUGAGACCCUGCGGCUGGAGCAGGAGGGUCAAGCGGUGGUCUGGCAGGUCCUGGCCUCUGUGUUCGCCCUGGCCGGGUCCGCCAUCCUCCUCUGGGUGGGCUGCCGCUACUACCGCAGCCUGAGGGUCCGCUGGGACCAGGAACGGCUGAGGAGGGAGUUUGAGAGGUUGGCUGCUGGUGGGACGGGGGAAGGGUCAACACAAGAGGGGUCUGGGGAGCAGGAGACACCCUUGGAAAACGCCUGUGUGAUCUGCCUGACACAGCCGCGUAGCUGUGUGCUGCUGGAGUGUGGACACGUGUGCUGCUGCUACAGCUGCUACCAGGCCUUGCCCCAGCCCACCUGCCCCAUAUGCCGGCAGGCCAUCAAGAGGGUGGUGCCCCUCUACCAGGCCUAAUGCCCAGCCUUGGAGUAGAACAGAUAUGUGUUCUCAUGGUUGGUAUAUGUAUGUAUCCCCUGGGGUGUUGUUACCUGUACUCCUAGAAAGACAAGGUCAAGGUGAUGGAAUGGAGACAAUUUAUAAUUGACAUUUUGACUUGCUGUAAAACCUUGAAGAUAAGUCUCUACAUAGAGGCAGAAGGAAAGAGCACCAGAAGGACCGAACUCUACUGUGAUGAUAACAACAGUCACCCUGGAAAUACAGCUUUUGGACAGCCGAGGAGAGGCCUAAGCUAGCAAGACAGAGCAGGACGUGCACACACUAGUCCUUAAACCCCUCACAAUGUCAGAGAGAGACCAACUAUUCAUAGACAAGGCAAACCAUCGCUGUACUUAUUACACUGUAAUAAUCACCUGAAUGGUUCUUGGCAUUCUCAACACAAAUAGGCUAGGUGCAGCUACUGUAUUAACAAAAUGUGAAUCUGAGGUUUGUGAACAUUUUGAAGCACUUAAAUGCAUAUGUAUUAUGAAGCUAACAGCUGUUGAGUUUGGUUUUGAAUAGUAAAUACACUGAACAAAAAUAUAAAUACACAGAUUUUUACUGAGUUACAGUUCAUAUGGAAAUCCGUCAAUUGAAAUAAAUUCAUUAGGCCCCAAUCUAUGGAUUUCACAUGACUGUGCAGGGGCAAUGGAUUAUCUUGGCAAAGGAGAGAUUCUCUCUAACAGGGAUGUAAAGCAAAUGUAUGCAUUUGAGAGAGAAAUAAGCUUUUUGUGCAUAUGGAACAUUUCUGGGAUCUUUUAUUUCAGCUCAUGAAACAUGGGAGCAACACUUAACAUGUUAAGUUUAUAUUUUUGUUCAGUAUAGAUACUGGGAAUGCAGUUCUCUCAUAAAUAAGUGUGCAUAUGGAUAGAGAGGUGUUUACUUUUGUAGUACUAUCGCUUGCUUUGUGCCUUAUUUUCACUCCUGGUGUAAGGAGGGGGGGUCGUUCCACCAAUUAUAUUUUUGUUGUAAAAGUAAAGAAUCCUGUCAAAAUGCUUUGACAUGGAAUGGAAGCUUGUUUCCAACAGGAGGGGGGCAAUUGAAUGCAAGCUUGAGAACAUUUCUAGCCUAUCUAUGGGUAACAGGGUUGACCUGCUCCGUUUUCCAACACAAAACACCAGAAAAGGUUAAAAAAAAGAGUAGUACCAGCUCACCUGUUUCUUACACUAUGAAAUUACUACUAAAUGUUCCGUAUUGAAUUCUCCAUGUGGUCUAUAUUAAAGGGCACUUCAUUUAUCAUAACAGGCUUUAAAAGUGAUAUUUUAAGUACAAAUAUAGAAAAGGGAUGCAAAAGGCACUAAUUUCUCAUUGACUGUAUGAAUCAUCGGAUCACAUUGAAUUUGUGAUAACCCAAUGUUGAAUAUUGUCAAACUAAAAUGUAUAAUUGCAUAAAACAAAGGUUUAACCUGCUUAAACCGUCAGUAAAUCCCUCCCCCCCAGUGAAACACUGCUCUUUUUCCAGGAACACCAAUGUACUCUGAAAAGUUUGCUGUCAUGAGUCAACUAUCCUGCUAUUUCUGUCAUCUCUAACAAGCAGAGGGGAGGAGGAAAGGAAUAGAUGGAAAGCCACCUACAGAGUUUUGGGGCACUAAGGAAAUGGAAAAGUUGAGAAACUAACUGGCAUGCGUGGGUUGAGUGAGUGAGGAGCAGGUGGGGGAUUAGGUGUCGUAAAUCUUCCUGGGGGGAGGGCAGUCUGAGAAUCCUUCAUGAGCUCCCCUGGCAGAAAAACAGCUGUGGCUCUUGGGGGUAACUUAAACCUCAACAUCUCAUGACACUAAAGACAGGAAUUUCUUCAGGUUUGCAGUACACGCUGAACUUACAAGAGUGAUCCCUCACCAAACCAAUGCACAUUCUACCAGGAUAAAUAAUGUGAUUUGUAAAGUGGCCACCAGGGGGCCUACUUGCAUCUGUUUCAUUAUACUAACAAUGACAAGUUACCCGCUGUGAGUUUAUGAUAUUGCUGUUCAUUAUUUGUAUUGCUGUUCAUAUAAUACAAUAAUAAUAAUUACAUUUUCCCCUGAA